AUGCCAUUAGAGUGGAGGAAGAGUACCAUCAUCCCCUUGUACAAGAAUAAGGGUGAUGUCCAGGAUUGUGCCAACUAUCGAGGAAUCAAACUAAUGAGUCAUACUAUGAAACUUUGGGAGCAGAUUAUUGAGCAAAGACCGAGGAAAACUGUGAAAAUUUCGGAGAACCAGUUUGGAUUUUUGCCUGGGAGAUCGACUAUGGAGGCCAUUCAUCUUAUAAGGCAACUAAUGGAGAAUUAUCGAGAUAAGAAGAAGGACUUACAUCUGGUUUUCAUAGAUUUGGAGAAGGCGUAUGAUAAGAUCUUGUCAUUUGUUUCGGUUUAUAAUGAUGAGGACAAAUCAGUUUUUCUGGACCUUGUUGUGCUUAGGGCAAUGGAAGUUUUGGAGCUCAAAAAAUCCGACUUAGUUUUCAUGGACCUUGCACAAGCGCUGAAGAUUGAUCUGAAAAAUGGAGAGUUCCAACAAAAACUUAAGGAGGUGACAUGUUUAUUGGGUUGGUCUCCUGAUUUUGUUGAAGACGCUCUUGAAGUAAGAGAGGAUUACAUAUUCCAAGACCGUGUCCAAAAGGGGAAGAAGGAAGAAGAAAAAAGAAAGGACAAGGAAGGGAAGGAGAAGAGAGAGUUCAUAGGUGUCUUGGUGUGGAAGUUGACAUCAAAAUGGAAAAGAACAGUGUGGACAAAGGACCAAACAUGUUUCAAAACAAUUCAGUUUUCAAAUCAACUUCGGAAACAAUAA